AUGCUGCUUAAUAAAGAAUUUUAUCUUUAUUUUCCAGAGGAGCAUGAAAUUCUGAUAAAGUUCAAGAAGUACGAAAUACGGAAGUUCUUUGAUGGUCAAAUUCAAUUUACUCAAAAUGAAAUACAAUCCAUCCAAUAAUUUAAGCAAAAAUAUUAGGUGCAAAAGGAGGAUUCCUUCAUUUUAAGAAUGCUAUAUGCAACUAAAUUUAAGUUUGAAAAAUGCUUGGAAGCUAUUAAAAACUAUGAUGCAUGGAGACAGAGUCUAGAUCCUAAAGUGAAUCCUAUAUUAUUGAGAUAAGGAGUGAUCUAUAUGCAUGGAAGAGACAACAGAUUUCGUCCAAUCCUCGUUGUAAAUGCUCAGAAAGUCGCAGGAGUUAAAGACUUAGAUCUCCUACUAUAAUCAAUGACCUUGUUUCUUGAUUAUGUCUUAUAUAAUUGUAUGUUGCCUGGUCAAAUAGAAAGUUGGAUUGUCAUAAUGGAUUUAGGAGGACUUGGCAUAAUGGGGUUGCCAAAACAAGAUCUUUAUAGGAUCAUGAAUUAUCUAUCCAGUAAUUACAGAUCAAGAAUGCACAAAUGCUACGUCAUUAAUUGCAAUAAAACACUCAGCAUCACUUGGGCUAUGAUAAAAACUUUCCUGGAAGAUAUCACUGUCAAUAAAAUACUCUUUGAGAGUUGUCCAAUCUCACUAUUGUAAUAUGCAAAUCCAUCGCAAUUAGAAAAGAAGUAUGGAGGAAUGGCCAAUGAUAAGUCCGAUAAUUUUUGGCCACCUCAAGAGGUCAGUCCCAAUUAUCAGAUAGCUGUAGACUAAAUCAAGUUGAUAGAUUAAAUUACAUAUGUUGAUCUAUUUAAAUAGGGGAAACUUAUUAAGAAUCUAGUUUGCCAGGAAUUAAUCAAGCUCUAGUAACUUUAAUAAAAUAGCGAACAAAUAAAACAAUAACAAAAGUCUGAAGAUGACUUUCAAUCUUGUGAAGAAGACAAUGAUUUAUGA